AUGGCCGUGGCUGUGCUGUUGGCAUCUUCACUCUUUUUUCAUACAGCUUCAUUGACUGCAAAAGCACAAGAUCGAAAUCCAUGCUGCGAUAAGUGCGAGAUACUCUACCAAUCAUGUGACCGGAAUUGUCUAAACGAUUCCGGUUCAAGCAACUCAUCGUGCACGCUCAGUUGCGCGACAACAUUUGGGCGGUUGUGCACUGAGAGGUGUGGUGGCGGAUGUCAAGUUGCUCUGAAAGGACCAAGUCCGUGCGCAUUUACUGCGAGGAAAUCUUCAAGUCGUGUUACGGGGAUUUGGGAUGUGCGGUUUAUAAAUGCGGUAGGUAGUUGUGGCGGAGUGAAGAAAGGAUCAAGUCCGUGUUGCGAUAAUGGUGAGAAACCAUUCCAAUCGUGUAACCAGGGCUGUUUGCAGAAGACGCCGGCUGUGCAUCGCUGGGCAGUGCUGGCCAAAGUUAAAGCGAUGUGCAAACCGGAAAUGCGGUGGUUGUGA